ACUAGUGGUGGAGAUUGGCGGGCGAGCUUACUAACGGGUCCGGGGUAUGGUCGGACGUUCGAAAAGCGUAGCCGAAUGUUUUCAGGUAAAGGUAGUAUGAGUGGCGCGGUGUGGUACCGUGUUUCUCGAUGCCACGCUUCAAAGAGGGUGAGGUGAGGAUUGCUGCUUGGUGGGGUACACAUUCAUUGAUCCGUCCGUAUUACGGAAGCGAACAGUUCGAGAGCUUACGUAUCCUGAAGAGUGAAAAACGGUAAGAGAGAGAGAGAGAAAGAAAGAGAAGUGAGAGGGAAGAAAGAGAAAGAGAUUCAAACAUGAUGGCGUAGUAAAAGGGUUAGGUUGAGUAUGAUGAUCUAUAUUUUUCAAAUUGAUUCCUUUUUGGUUCAGAAUAUUUGGUGCAAAUCAAAUAAGAGACAUAUCAAGUACGAUCGAUCAUUUACAUAACGCGUAGAGACUGGUCAGCCGUGACGCAUCACUGUUUCAUUGACGUUCUCCAUUGAGAAGAUAUUGAUGCGUCGUAUCCUUUGAUUCUUGUUUCAUCUUCAGCAAGUAGAAUAGCUACAUAUUAUGUCUGGCCUAGUGGAAGAAGAAGAAGAAGUGAAACAAAUUUCGUCGGAUUGAGUACUCGGUAAGAGAGAAAGAGAGAGAAAGAAAGCGAGUGUGUGUAUGUGUGAUACGUAAAAUGUAUACAGGUGUGAAUAUGUAUGAGUGAGGUAGAUAGAGAAAUAGAUAAAGAUAAAAGCUUUGAGGAUUUGGAAAAGCUCGAGCAGAUCUCUCGGCGCAGGCAGGGUAGUGUCGGGGCUAAGAGAGGGGGUUGUUGCGAACGGUGCGGUUAUAAAAGGUGGAAUAGUGGGGGAAGAGAGAGGGGUAGCACCACGAGAACUAGUUCUCACAGAGUCCGCUGCGCGAGUUUGGCGCGUGGCGAUGCAGUAACGUUCGCGUCGCUCGGUUUGUCUGUGCCGUGACAGUCCUCCUGGAGCGAGCUUUUCGUCGUCGCGAAAAACAAGUGGUGUGUAGAGAGCAAGAAAUAAAAAGAGAGAAAGAGAAAGAGAUAGACAGAAUUAAAAAGAGAAGUGUAAGAAGAUAACGAAUAGAAAGAGAAGGGAAAAGGAUAACAGCGACGAACGUUUUCUUUUCUGUGCGAAACUACGGUAGGAGUUGGUUAAGGAGGCGUAAAAGAAGAAUAGGAGAUAUAGAAGAAAACGGAGAGAUAGAGAGGUAGAGAUAGAUAUAGAGAAAGAGAGAAGGAGAGGGAAAUAAAGGUAGCGCGCGCGCGCGUUCGUGUAUGUGUCGGAUAGAACCGAGGAGUAGGAGGAAAGAAAAGGAGUCAAAGGGACAGCAUCGGUGCGUCGUCGUUUCUGAAGGAAACGUCAGUGUAGAGGAAAUAAAAAGUGUAUCGGAGGAGGGUGCGAGUGGUGGGGGAGGAGGCGAAGGCGAAGGAGAAGGAGGAAGAGGUGGAGGUGGAGGCGAAGAGAGGAGGUUCGACGGAGGAGACGGUCUGACGUAGGGCAGUGCGGCUAGAGCGGGCGAACCGCGCGUCCUACCCUUCGCUCCCACCACCCUUCGCCCUUGUCGUCCUCGGUGCGAUCCUCGGCGCGGCCAGCAGCAGCGGCACCACCACUACCUCCAUCGUUACAGUCCACUAAUACUACCACCAUCGUUACUACCACCAAUACUACCAUCACCAUCAGCAAUACCACUACCACCAUUAGCAGCAGCGUUUUCGUCAUAAGCACGUAAUCAUCAGCACUACUAUUAGCAGCAGCACUAUUUUGUCAUCGGCACCACUAAGUCCUGUCACCGUCGCCGUCGUCAUCCUAUCGUCGUUGACGACGACGUCGAUGCCAGCGAGCUUCUUCUCCUCUUUGUCCUCCAGCUAAAAGAAAAGGGAUCAUCGUGCGCAGCAACGCGAUCAAUUCCGGCUGGUUGCGCCGCUCGCGCGCGGCCGUUACGGUCUCAUCGCUAACAACGAGAAAGCAAGAAGAAAUGACGACGGCGAAGCUGCCGAAGCGGUACCGAUAACGGCAGGCCGAAUGAUGUUGUCGCAAAGCAAGUUCUACGCUCUUUUCAUUCACUACACGUUCGUGUAGCGCGACACGGGGCGGGUCCUUCUUGUCGCUGCGCUGAACAGAAGAAGAACGGAGGAGGUGAAGGAGUUGGAAGAGGAGGAAGAGGAGGACCUGGUGAAGAAGAAGGAGAAGAAGAGAAGGAGAAGAAGGAGGAGAAGGAGGACGAAGUGUGUUGGAGAAAAGAGAGGAAGACAGUGAAACUAGAGCCAAAGUCGAUAAGAAUCGACCGACACGAAGAGCAGACUAUGUUAUUUCGGAUAACGGAUUGAUCGCACCCGUCGCUUCAUUCACACGUCGGACAUGAAAAAUCUUGGUUCGCGUUGGACGGUCCCUGACAUAGCACGCACUGCUGCAGCGCGUUCGUCAUUUCUCGUGGCCAUUUCGUCGGAACGAGAUUCAGGUAGUAUCAGCAGCAGCAGUAGCAGCAGCAGCAGCAGCAACAACAGCAGCAGCAACAGCACCAGCAUCAAUAACAGAAGAAGGAGCAGCAGAAGCAACAUCAACAACAACAGUGUUAGCGAGAUAAGAAGGAAAACAUAUAACAAGAAGAACAUCUGUAUCAGGGGAAGAAGAAGCAACGAGAUCAGAGGGAAAGCUCGCUGUAAGUGCGAGCUCGUGAUUGCCGGGAAAUCGGAGGUCGUCGAGGUGCUGCAAGGAGGUGCGUUUUUAUCCGUCCGAUCUAACGUAACGGCGUCGUUUAAUCUUAUCCACGGAACGAGGAGUUCCGACGUAUCGACGCCGAGGAAUCACCGGCCCUGGAAUCAAGACAAUUGUCAGCAGCACCAACAACUGGGUCUCUGUUUUUACUCUCCUACUUCUUCGUGGGACGAGCACACACGGCACUUUAGGAACUGUUAGCACCGAUCAAAAAGAAGGUGGCAGGAAGCUGUGCGCAGCCUAGACAAUGUCCGAAGAGUCUGACUCUAUAACAGAGGAAGAAAGAAGUUUGUUCCGUCCGUUCACGCGGGAGUCCCUGGCAGCGAUCGAGGCUCGCAUCGCCGAGGAACAUGCCAAGCAGAAGGAACUCGAGAAGAAGAGAGCGGAAGGAGAGGGAGGUUUUGGACGGAAGAAAAAGAAAAAAGAAGUACGGUAUGACGACGAGGACGAGGACGAGGGUCCUCAACCGGAUCCGGCGCUCGAACAAGGAGCACCGAUCCCGGUUCGAUUGCAUAACGUAUUUCCACCCGAGUUGGCCUCCACACCUCUCGAGGAUAUCGACACCUUCUAUCAAAAUCAAAGGACCUUCGUCGUCGUCAGCAAGGGAAAGGAUAUAUUUAGGUUCUCAGCGACUGACGCGAUGUGGAUCCUCGAUCCAUUCAACCCGAUACGACGCGUGGCUAUCUACAUUCUGGUUCACCCACUCUUCUCCCUCUUCAUCAUCACUACGAUAUUGGUUAACUGCAUACUCAUGAUCAUGCCCACAACGCCUACCAUCGAGUCCACCGAAGUGAUAUUUACGGGCAUCUACACAUUUGAGUCCGCUGUUAAGGUGAUGGCGAGGGGUUUCAUUCUGCAGCCUUUUACCUAUCUUAGAGAUGCAUGGAAUUGGCUCGACUUCGUAGUUAUAGCUUUAGCUUAUGUGACGAUGGGCAUAGAUCUAGGCAACCUUGCCGCUCUUAGGACAUUUCGAGUCCUCCGAGCCUUGAAGACUGUCGCUAUUGUACCAGGUCUGAAAACCAUUGUCGGCGCUGUGAUAGAGUCCGUGAAGAAUCUGCGCGAUGUGAUAAUCCUGACGAUGUUCUCCCUCUCCGUUUUUGCGCUGAUGGGCCUUCAAAUUUACAUGGGGGUCCUAACGCAAAAGUGUAUAAAGAACUUUCCAACGAACAGCUCCUGGGGUAAUCUCACCGACGAGAACUGGGAGAGAUUCGUUAGCAAUGAAACUAAUUGGUACGUAGACGAAGCUGGAAACAUGCCAUUGUGCGGGAAUUCGUCGGGAGCUGGGCAGUGCCUUCCUGGCUACACGUGCUUACAAGGAUACGGCGACAACCCGAACUACGGUUACACGAGCUUCGACAGCUUCGGCUGGGCUCUACUUUCUGCCUUUCGUCUUAUGACCCAAGACUAUUGGGAAAAUCUUUAUCAACUGGUACUACGAUCGGCCGGACCGUGGCACAUGCUCUUCUUCAUUGUCAUCAUCUUCCUCGGUUCUUUCUAUCUCGUCAACUUGAUCCUCGCUAUCGUAGCGAUGUCAUACGACGAGUUGCAAAAGAAGGCGGAAGAGGAGGAGGCUGCCGAAGAGGAAGCAAUAAGGGAAGUCGAAAAAGCCAUGAUGGUGAAGGAGAACAAAUUAGCGGCGCAGGCAGCCGCGAGAGAAGCAGCUGCGGCUGCCGCGGUAGCAGCAGCUGAUCAGAUCGUCAAGUCACCGUCGGACUUCUCUUGUCAUAGUUAUGAACUCUUCGUUGGCCAGGAAAAGGGUAACGACGAUAACAACAAGGAGAAGAUCAGUAUAAGAUCGAUCGAGUCUGUUAGCGAGCAUAGGAUCAAGCAGAUCAACAACAACCACAGCGCUGCCAGUAAAGUGCGGAAAGUCAGCGCCGUCUCUCGCGCCGCUAAUGGCCAGUUUACUUAUGCCUACCAGGAAAGCCUGCGGAAGGCCAGCCUUAGUCUGCCCGGCUCACCUUUCAAUCUUCGCCGGAGUAGUCGUGGGAGUCAUCAAUUCACGAUACGGAACGGUCGAGGUCGAUUCGUUGGUCCACCAGGUGGUGACAGGAAACCCCUUGUACUAUCGACCUAUUUGGAUGCCCAGGAACAUUUGCCUUAUGCCGACGACUCUAAUGCGGUUACACCAAUGUCCGAAGAAAAUGGGACUAUUGUAGUGCCGGUUUAUUAUGCGAAUCUUGGCUCGAGGCAUUCUUCCUAUACGUCACACGCGUCGAGACUAUCUUAUACGUCGCAUGGUGAUCUUCUAGGUGGUAUAGCCAGUGCAAUCGGCAAACCAAUGACCAAGGAAAGUCGAUUGAGAAGUAGAUCGGUUAGGCCACCAUCGGUUAAUGGUCAUCUACCUGAUUGUAAUCAAAAAUAUCACUGCGAAAGCGACUUGGAAAGCGAUCCCAUGGGCAAAGCGAAGCAACAAGAUAAUCCGUUCAUCGAACCUUCUCAGCAACACGCCGUCGUCGAUAUGAAGGAUGUGAUGGUGCUCAACGAUAUUAUCGAGCAAGCAGCAGGACGUCAGAGCAGAACACCCGAGCAAGGAGUUUCGACCUAUUACUUUCCGACAGACGACGAUGAGGAAGGGCCCACGUUAAAGGAGAAAAUAUUGGCCGGAGUCUUACGUUGCAUCGAUAUCUUCUGCGUUUGGGACUGCUGUUGGCUCUGGCUCGAGUUUCAGAAAUACGUAUCUCUUUUGGUAUUCGAUCCGUUCGUAGAACUCUUCAUUACUCUUUGUAUCGUUGUUAACACCCUCUUCAUGGCAUUGGAUCAUCACGAUAUGGACAAGGACAUGGAAAAAGUCCUUAAAUCCGGUAACUACUUCUUCACGGCUACAUUCGCCAUCGAAGCAACGUUAAAGCUGAUAGCUAUGAGCCCGAAGUAUUAUUUUCAAGAAGGUUGGAACAUCUUCGACUUCAUCAUCGUCGCCCUCUCAUUACUCGAAUUAGGUUUGGAAGGUGUUCAAGGUCUUUCGGUAUUGCGAUCCUUUCGAUUGCUGAGAGUGUUCAAGCUGGCAAAAUCAUGGCCCACAUUGAAUCUACUGAUAUCCAUCAUGGGUAGGACAGUUGGUGCCUUGGGUAACUUAACGUUCGUCUUAUGUAUCAUCAUCUUCAUAUUUGCGGUGAUGGGUAUGCAACUAUUCGGGAAGAAUUACACCGAUCACGUCGAUCGCUUCCCGGGUGGAGAUUUACCCAGAUGGAAUUUUACCGAUUUCAUGCAUUCCUUCAUGAUCGUCUUUCGUGUCCUGUGCGGAGAAUGGAUCGAAUCGAUGUGGGAUUGUAUGCUGGUCGGAGACGUCUCUUGCAUACCGUUCUUCCUCGCCACCGUCGUCAUCGGUAAUCUUGUCGUGCUGAAUCUCUUCUUGGCCCUGUUACUGAGCAACUUCGGUUCAUCUAAUUUAUCGGCGCCGACUGCAGACAACGACACGAACAAGAUCGCGGAAGCGAUCGAUCGGAUAGCACGUUUCGUUAAAUGGAUCAAGCGAAAUGUCCUUUACAUUGCUAAGUUGAUGCGAGCCAAAUUCACCAAUCAGAUAUCCGAUCAGGCGCCAGGUGAGGGACCGUCCAACAGUUGGAAAGAAGAUGGAAUUGAUCGAGAUGGGGACCUAGAUCUUGCAGAUAGCGAUUUGGAAGGGUAUAGAGAUAAGAAGAGUGCGAAGGAGUUGAAUCAACUCGAAGUAGCCAUUGGCGAUGGAAUGGAAUUUACUAUUCAUGGAGAUCUGAAGAACAAAUUGAAAAAGGGCAAGCUCUGUAUGAACAAUACCAAGGUGAUAGGGAAUUCAAUAAAUCAUCGAGACUAUAGAUUAGACAACGAUUAUAUUAAUCAGAACGAAGAGGACACGAUUAGUAACAAAUCGUAUGGCAGUCAUAAGAAUCGACCGUUCAAGGACGAAAGUCAUAAAGGUAGUAUGGAUUCGUUGAAUGGUGAGGAAAAAAAGGAUGCCAGUAAGGAAGAUCUUGAGCAAGACGAAGAUUUAGAAGAGGAAGGUGAUGAGGGUGACGGUAUAAUGGAGAGUGAGAUAAUACAUGCUGAUAAGGAUCCCAUAAAUUCCGAUUACCCAGCUGACUGUUGUCCAGAAAAUUGUUAUAAAAAAUUCCCAUUUUUGGCUGGCGACGAUGAUGCUCCAUUUUGGCAAGGUUGGACGAAUUUGAGGCUGAAGACCUUCCAACUGAUCGAAAAUAAAUAUUUCGAGAGUGCUGUUAUAACGAUGAUCCUAUUAAGUAGUUUAGCUCUCGCCUUGGAAGAUGUCCAUUUGCAGCAACGACCCAUCUUGCAAGAUAUUCUUUAUUACAUGGACAGAAUUUUCACUGUAAUUUUCUUCCUCGAAAUGUUGAUCAAAUGGCUGGCCCUUGGCUUCAAGAAAUAUUUCACGAAUGCUUGGUGCUGGCUCGAUUUCAUCAUUGUCAUGGUGUCGCUCAUUAACUUCGUAGCGUCGCUCUGUGGCGCUGGCGGGAUCCAAGCCUUCAAAACAAUGAGGACCCUAAGGGCCCUAAGGCCACUCAGGGCGAUGUCUAGAAUGCAGGGGAUGCGGGUAGUCGUCAACGCUUUGGUACAAGCUAUUCCAUCCAUCUUUAACGUCUUGCUGGUCUGCCUUAUUUUUUGGCUGAUUUUCGCCAUAAUGGGCGUGCAGCUGUUCGCCGGCAAGUACUUCAAGUGUGUCGAUGCGAAUAAGUCUACGCUUAGCUACGAAAUCAUACCUGAUCGAAACGCUUGUCUAGCGGAAAAUUACACGUGGGAAAAUUCGCCAAUGAAUUUCGAUCACGUCGGUAAAGCUUACCUGUGCCUCUUCCAAGUGGCCACCUUCAAAGGGUGGAUACAGAUCAUGAAUGACGCGAUCGAUUCGCGGGAGGUCGACAAGCAACCGAUACGCGAGACGAACAUCUACAUGUAUCUCUAUUUCGUAUUUUUCAUCAUAUUCGGAUCGUUUUUUACCCUUAAUCUAUUCAUUGGUGUGAUCAUCGACAAUUUCAACGAGCAAAAAAAGAAAGCUGGUGGUUCACUCGAAAUGUUCAUGACGGAGGAUCAGAAGAAAUAUUACAAUGCAAUGAAGAAGAUGGGCAGCAAGAAGCCACUCAAGGCGAUUCCACGUCCAAUCUGGAGACCGCAAGCUAUAGUGUUCGAAAUAGUGACGGACAAAAUGUUCGAUAUGAUAAUCAUGUUGUUCAUCGGACUAAACAUGCUCACGAUGACAUUGGACCACUAUCAAAUGAGCGACACAUUCAGCAGCGUUCUGGACUAUCUCAAUAUGAUAUUCAUUGUGAUAUUCACCACCGAGUGUCUCAUGAAGAUUUUCGCCCUACGUUACCAUUAUUUCAAGGAGCCCUGGAACCUCUUUGAUUUAACUGUUGUUAUAUUAUCAAUAUUAGGUCUGGUACUCAGCGAUAUAAUCGAGAAAUACUUCGUAUCUCCGACCUUGCUUCGAGUUGUAAGAGUGGCGAAGGUCGGUCGUGUGCUACGUCUUGUGAAGGGUGCAAAGGGCAUCCGUACUUUAUUAUUCGCUCUCGCGAUGUCCUUGCCUGCUCUAUUCAACAUUUGCCUACUGCUGUUCCUCGUAAUGUUCAUCUUCGCUAUCUUUGGAAUGUCCUUCUUCAUGCACGUUAAGGACAAGAGCGGUCUGGAUGAUGUAUAUAACUUUAAGACAUUCGGGCAGUCGAUGAUUCUGCUAUUCCAGAUGUCAACGUCCGCCGGUUGGGACGGCGUUCUGGAUGGCAUAAUAAAUGAAGAGGAUUGUCAGGAGCCGAACAACGAGAUCGGUUAUCCAGGCAAUUGUGGUUCGUCGACGAUCGGCAUCGCCUAUCUCCUGUCGUACCUGGUGAUAAGUUUCUUGAUCGUGAUAAACAUGUACAUCGCAGUUAUCUUGGAGAAUUACUCUCAAGCAACGGAGGACGUACAGGAGGGUCUUACGGACGAUGAUUACGACAUGUAUUAUGAGAUUUGGCAACAAUUCGAUCCGAAGGGUACACAGUACAUUAGAUACGAUCAGCUUUCAGACUUCUUAGACGUUUUGGAGCCACCAUUGCAGAUACACAAGCCGAACAAGUAUAAGAUCGUAUCAAUGGAUAUACCGAUAUGUAAGGGUGACCUUAUGUUUUGUGUCGAUAUACUCGACGCCCUUACGAAGGACUUCUUCGCGCGUAAGGGCAAUCCGAUCGAAGAAACCGGCGAAUUGGGCGAAGUUCAAACUCGUCCAGGUGAGACCGGUUACGAGCCGGUUUCAUCUACUCUUUGGCGUCAACGCGAGGAAUAUUGCGCGCGGCUUAUCCAGAAUGCCUGGAGAAAGCACAAACAGCAACGUCUCGGUGGACCGAGCGAGGAAAGCGACGAUCCAGAUACAGAUCCGCGUGUACGACAGACCGCUGUCCUCGUCGAGAGCGAUGGGUUCGUCACGAAGAAUGGCCAUCGCGUCGUCAUUCACAGUCGAUCACCAAGCGUCACAUCGAGAACAGCCGACGUCUGAUCAUUGUCGUCGAGAAACUCGCCGAAAUCCUAUGAAAUUAUCAACCGAGCUGCUCCUCGCUAGCAACAACGCAAUUGUCGCCAUUGCCGUCGCCAUCGCCAUCGCCGUCGCCGUCGCCGUCGCCGUCGUCGUCGCCGUCGUCGUCGUCGUCGUCGUCGUUAACGUCGUCGUCAUUCCUGCCAUCGUCAUUAAUCCUGCCAUUGUCAUCGCAAAAACUAAAAAAAGAAGAAGAAGAAGAAGAAAAGGAAUAAGUCGAAGCAACGUUACGAACAACACAGUACUCCUCUUUGUCGUCGUCGUCGUCGUCGUCGUCGUCGUCGUCGUCGUCGUUGUCGUUAUCGUUGUCGUUAUCGAAAGCCUGCGAUGAUCGAUCUCGCGCUUACCAUCCAAAAAAGACACUCCUAAUACGCGAUUGUACAUUAACCAUUCCUUCUCCAACGAGUUGCCUUCAAUCGACCUUAAAGCGAAGCGACGAAGAGGAAGAAGAAGAAUAAGAAAACGAAGAAGAAAACAAAGAAAAGAAGGAGAGGACGAGACGAGUCGGACUUCGGGGCCCGCUUCCCCCGACAAAAAUCGUGGCACGGGGCCCGGCUCGAGCUACCAACCCCCUUCUUCUAUAUAUAUAUAUAUAUAUAUAUAUAUAUAUAUAUAUAUAUAUAUAUAUAUAUAUAUAUAUAUAUAUAUAUAUAUAUAUAUAUUUAAAUAUAUAUAUAUAAAUAUACAUAUAUAUAUGUGCGUGCGUGUGCGUGUGCGUGUGCGUGUGCGUGUGCGUGCAUGUGUGUGUGCGUGUGUGUGCAUUAGUCAUGUGACCGAGGACGAUGAUCGAUGGCAAGAUGGCGCGCGGCCCACGUGCCUCGAGUCGAGGACGACCCACGCGUCGUAUAUAUAUCGUAUAUAUAUAUAUAUAUAUAUAUAUAUAUAUAUAAACACACAUAUAUAUUCAUCUAUAUAUAUAUAUAUAUAUAUGUAUAUAUAUAUAUAUAUAUACACACACACUAGCUCGAUUUCCGCGAUUACUACCUGCCGUUUGGAUUUUUUACAACGUUUUACAGGAGGUCGGCCAGCAGCUCGAACGUGGAAUGAGACCGUGCUGCCAGAAAAGCGCGCGGCGACGACGACGUGAUUGGACGAAGAGGACGAAUAGAAGGAGAGAAAGAGAAAGGAGAGAGAGAGAGAAAGAAAGAGAGAGAGAGAGAGAGAGAAAGAGAGAAAGAGGAAUGAAAAAAAUAAGAUGGCUGCAAGAAAAAGAAGUGGAGUCGCGUGUAACUAACGAUCCAGCCUUCUCCGUUUUCUACGAUCGUAAUCUACAUGGCUGCUUUGCGCGCUCGCAAAACUCGCAACCAUUUUAUUCUAUACGUCACUCUUCUACAUCAUCCCAUCGUCAUCGUCAUCAUCCUCGUUGCCUACACUCGUCCUUUCCUUUUUUCUCCUCUUCUCUGCCUUUCUCUUUGCGUCGCUUAUUGUGACGACACACAUUCUAGGUAUAUUAAUCACAUGGAAAUAUACAUGUAACAGGGAUCGUAAUAUAUCCGAGAACAAAUAUCAGCAUUAUCGGUGUGUCACUGAUUUUAUUAACAUAUAUGGUAACUAUGGAACAAAUUAUGUCGCUUAAUGUAAUCAUUACUUUUCCGAUUCUUUUCGAGAAGAUAUAAAUACAUAUGAUUGAUUAGUUACUAUAUAUUCAAAAAAAGGAAAAAAAAAACAGAAGAAAAAUAGAAGAACAAAAGAAAAAUAUGAAUGAAAUUAUACACAUACAUAUAAAAUUACGAUUCCUGAAUACAUAUACUAUACAGACACACGGGUACAUAGCGUUUCUACCACCCCCGUCCUCCCUCCGUGUUCAAGGAGGUUCAAUUCUAUUCAUGUUCGCGCAACGAAAAGGCAGAGAUUUGAAAAAACAAAAGGGAGAAAGAGAGAAAGAGAGGAGAGAGUUGGCGCGAGUUUCAAACAAAACAAAAGAAAAAUAAAUAAAUAAAUAAAUACAUGAAAAAAAAAUAUAAGAGAAAACGCGGUUCAUCCUCGGCUAAAAGGUAUUCGCACGCUUCUCGCGAGAAAAUGAAAUGGAAAAAAUACUUUCACGCACGCUCUUGCGACACGAAACUUAACAAACAAACGAAUAAUAAAUGAAAAAGAAAAAAAGAGACAAAAAUACAAGAAACAAAAUAAAACAUAACAUAACAUAAAAUAAUGAGACAGAACAAAACAAAACAAAACA